GAUUUGAUUUUGUUGGACCUCCACCUGACCCUAGCGGCUCGGCCUUGCUCUUAGCCUCUGCUGCCGCCGCCAAGCUCCCUCAUUGCUGCCUUCGUUACCUUGAUCUCCCUCGCCCACUCGCUUUGCCUGAUGUAAGCAUGCACCAGUCACCUUGAGGGAAUCCUCCAUGAUGGCGAUGUACCGGGCGGCGGCAAAAGAGGGUGCUUGAGGAUCUGCAUAGACGUAUAUUUAGUCAGACAUCGACUAUGCAUUAGAUAAAUCUUAGAUACUUAUAGAGGCUAAGGAACCUAAAUAACACCUUCUAGCCAACUUUUUUGAGUGAAGUAUUUAGCCAGCUCAUAACAUACCUAAAUUAGAGAAUAUUGCAAUAUGAGCCCAUAUGGGUUGACCACAAAUUGAUUGUAGUGUUAUAUGAUUAGAUUUAUGAUAAUUAUGUUUGAAUGCGAAUAGAUUUGGAUUCUUAGCCUAGCGAAGAUGCAAGAGCUUAAAUAGAAUGAGUAUAAAAUGACCUACGUCGGAUGAGUACUAAAUAAUAUCUUCUGGCUAGCUUUUUCAAAUAAAAUCUUAAAUUAUAAUAAGAUGUGACAAAGCUCCAUGAUUCAUAACCUCCUUGGCUUGCACUAUCCAUCUUCAGCCAUCUUACCGGACUUAGAAAGAAAUUCCCCAAUGAGCUCAAAGUGGAACUCUCACCAAACAAUUGUUGGAAUCGCAAAAAUCGUAGGGUAUCCGCCCUCAAAUUUAGCAUCGAGAUUCUGGCUCAAAAUACCUAACUUGAUAGAUUUCCACGUCACCAUCACUUUGCGGUAGGUGGCCAGAGCCGGGCCAAGCGUUAGAUGGGGGGUCAAUCCGUCGUUAUCCGUGAAAGACAAACCCAAUGUUCUUUGCAACAAAAGAAACUUAAAAAAAAUAAAAGAGUCGAAAACCCCUUAUAACCAAACGGUCCCAAAGUCGCCAUCCACUUCAAUCCAGCCGCCAAUAACUAAUCCAACGGCCCCAAAUGAAACCUACCAUGGCCAUCACAGUGGCAUUUCGUGUAUUUGAGCAACUUUUUAAGGCUUUUUCCUAAGUCCUAACCAUUUAAAUACUAAAUAAUCUCCGUUAGGCGAGAACAAAAGACAAUUAACGGAGAGGACGCGAUGAAGAAGGCCGCCACACCGUCGAGGGGACUUGGGAACGGAUCGGCCGGCGGCGGUCUCUUCUCGAGGUCGCCGGAGAGUCGGCGAUGGGUGAGAUUUCCAGCGAGAUCUCUGCCGUUCUCCGGCCAGUUCGCCACCCUGGGGCUGGCGCCGUCCGCGUCCAAGUCCGACGUCAAGCGCGCCUACAAACACCUGGCCUUGAAGAGUAUAAUGGCCCAAUUUGAAGAAGAAAGUCACUCCACCGAACGAGCACUUAAUGAUGAAUGGGACGAAUGGGACGAAUGGAUGGGUUUUGAAGGAGGAAUACCUGUGGUCGAUCACCUUUAUUGAUUCCUUUCUUCAUAGACAAUGCUUGAAUGGUUACAGCUAUGGAUACUGACUAGGGAAUAACAAGCAAGUCAGCAUCUCAACUAUGUUAUGUACAGUUCAUAAAAAAUUAUGAGGGAAAAGUAAUUUGAAAGGUUGUAUUCUGUUCAAAGGUGGUUGAUAAGAUUGUAUCAUUGGUUUUUCCAUCAUAUAAAUGUAACAUUCCAUCCUUUGUGGCUAUGCUUCUGUCUUUUUUUCUGUUGGAAGAGAUCUAGAUAAUGAGAGCUAUACAACGGAGAUAACCCUAGCUCCUCCAAAUACUCCAAACUCUCCAAGGGAUCUCAACCUAGGUCUCCAAAUAAAGUUGUAAUGCAUGACUCAUAAGCAGGCACCUUUUGUGAUAAAUUGAUAAAUUUUAAUUAUUUUAGGCUUA